AUGCUCUGCCAGGCCCUGAGGCGCUUUGGGCAGAAGCUUGUUAGGAGGAGGACCCUGGAGCCCGGCCUGGGGGAGAGCCGCUUUGCCCGCUGCCUGAGCAGCCUGGACCUGGUGGCCCUAGGUGUGGGCAGCACAUUGGGUGCGGGCGUCUACGUGCUGGCUGGCGAAGUGGCCAAGGACAAAGCGGGCCCAGCCAUCGUGAUCUGUUUCCUCGUGGCUGCCCUGGCUUCCGUGCUGGCUGGCCUGUGCUAUGCUGAGUUUGGGGCCCGGGUCCCCCGGAGUGGCUCAGCUUAUCUUUAUAGCUAUGUCACUGUCGGGGAGCUUUGGGCCUUCACCACCGGCUGGAACCUCAUCCUCUCCUAUGUCAUUGCUACUGCCAGCGUGGCGAGGGCCUGGAGCUCUACCUUUGACAAUCUGAUUGGGAACCAGAUUUCCUUGGCCCUCCGGGGCAGUGUCUCCAUGCAUGUGCCCCAGUUGGCCGAGUACCCAGACUUCUUUGCUCUUGGCCUUGUGCUGCUGCUCACUGGGCUGCUGGCUCUAGGGGCCAGUGAGUCAGCGCUGGUGACCAAGGUGUUCACAGGUGUGAACCUGCUGGUGCUGGGCUUUAUCAUCAUUGCCGGCUGCAUCAAGGGUCACGUCCACAACUGGCAUCUCACAGACAAAGACUAUCAAGAGGCUGCCUCUCGCCUGAAUGGCACUUCCAGCCUGGGAAGUUUGGGCUCUGGGGGUUUUGUGCCAUUUGGUGCAGAUGGUAUCCUUCGUGGGGCAGCCACCUGUUUCUAUGCGUUUGUUGGUUUUGACUGCAUUGCCACUACUGGGGAGGAGGCCCGGGAUCCUCAGCGCUCCAUCCCUGUGGGCAUCGUAGUGUCACUGUUGGUCUGCUUCGUGGCCUAUUUUGGGGUCUCUGCCGCACUCACUUUCAUGAUGCCGUACUACCUGUUGCAACCCGACAGCCCCUUGCCAGAGGCCUUUCGCUAUGUAGGGUGGGCCCCUGCCCGAUACCUUGUGGCUGUCGGCUCCCUUUGUGCCCUCUCUACCAGCCUCCUGGGCUCCAUGUUCCCUAUGCCUCGAGUGAUCUAUGCCAUGGCAGAGGAUGGCCUUCUGUUCCGCGUUUUGGCCCGAAUCCAUCCCCGUACACGCACUCCCCUUGUGGCCACGAUUGUCUCGGGCAUCAUUGCAGCCGUGAUGGCGUUUCUUUUUGAGCUCACUGAUCUCGUGGACCUCAUGUCAAUCGGAACGCUGCUUGCCUACUCCCUGGUGGCUGUUUGUGUUCUCAUCCUCAGGUACCAGCCUGAUGAGCUAAUGCAGCCCAAAGUAAAUCAGACUGUGGAGCUGCAGUGGGCACAGGAAGAUAAGGAGGAACCAGAGGCUGAGAAGGAGACCCUGACCCUGCAGACCCUGCUCUGCCCAUCCCAUCUGACACCCACCCAGCUCUCUGGCCGCAUCGUCUAUGCGGCUGUUUCCAUUCUUGCUGUGGUGUUGACGGGCCUGUGCCUGGUACUGGCCCACUGGUCAAAGGAGCUGAUGGCCGGGAACCCUGCCUGGGUUACUGUGAGUGCCUUCCUCCUGCUUCUAGUCAUCUCGGCCACCAUAGUCAUUUGGAGGCAGCCCCAGAACCCAGUUUGUCUCCAUUUCAAGGUGCCUGCACUCCCUCUCCUCCCACUCCUGAGCAUCUUUAUCAAUGUUUAUCUCAUGAUGCAGAUGAAAGCUGACACCUGGGCCCAAUUUGGGGUCUGGAUGUUGAUUGGGUUUGCCAUUUACUUCAUCUAUGGGAUCCGGAACAGCCAGGAGGGUCAGAGUGAUCCAGUGCUCCCGCCUCCAAUCACGCCCCAAACUCCUGAAGUCAGCAGUCCUGAUGCCCCUUCUGGCUGACUCUUAGAGCCUGG